AUGCGUGUACAGCAGGAUCAACAACAAUUUUCGAAAUGGGUACUGAAGCUUGGUAACGGGCAACUACUUAAAGUGUGUGACGACGCCCCUCCAGAAACAGUCGACAUUCCGACAGAGUGUCUAGUUUCAGACAACAUUAUUGAUACCGUUUUCGCAGAUCUACCGUCUGCUCUCACAACCACUGUCUUACUGACGCCUAAAAUGAAACAUCAUUUCAUGGCUCUAAACAAUCACGUACUAGCUAGACUGGAAGACGAAAAGCGUCUGUAUCUCAGUGUGGACAGAGUGAUUUGCGACAUUAGGGAAAAAGAGCAAAAUUAUCCUCGAGCUCUUGAGUUUAUUUACAGUUUAACACCUUCUGGUCUGCCAGAACACUCGCUUUAUCUAAAGGUCGGAUGUAUAAUCAUUCUGCUACGUAAUCUAGAUCUGCGAAAUGGGCUGUGCAAUGGAACAAGACUAAUUGUCAGACACUUGCAUAACCAUGUUAUCGAUGCAGAGAGUCAUAGCUACACAUAG